AUGGGUAAGAAGGCGAUUCAUUUCGGAGGCGGCAAUAUCGGCCGUGGCUUUGUGGCCGAGUUUCUCCAUACGGCAGGCUACGAGGUGGUCUUCAUCGAUGUGAUGGAUAGCAUCAUCUCGGCCCUGCAGACCACCAAGUCAUACCAGGUCACGGAAGUCAGCGAGGGUGGCGAGUCCACCAAGACCAUCACCAACUACCGCGCCAUCAAUUCUAAGACGCACGAGGGCGAUGUCAUCCAGGAGAUCUCUACGGCCGAUAUCAUCACCUGUGCCGUCGGCCCCAAUAUCCUCAAGUUCAUUGCCCCGGUCAUCGCCAAGGGCAUCGACAUCCGCUCCACCCCCAAGCCAGUGGCCGUCAUCGCCUGUGAGAAUGCCAUCGGUGCCACGGAUACCCUGCGUGGAUUCAUCGAGUCCAACACCGACUCGGAGCGCCUCAAGACUAUGGGGGAGCGGGCCCAGUUUGCCAACUCCGCCAUCGACCGCAUUGUCCCCGCCCAGGCACCGGACAGUGGGUUGAACGUGCGCAUCGAGAAGUUCUACGAAUGGGCAGUGGAGAAGAAGCCCUUCGGCAGCGUGGGCCACCCCGACAUCGCCGCCAUCCACUGGGUUGACAACCUGGAGCCCUAUAUUGAGCGCAAGCUGUUCACUGUCAACACCAGCCAUGCCACUGCCGCCUACUAUGGUCGCUACGCCGGCAAGAAGACCAUCGCAGAAGCGAUGAAGGACACCUACAUCCGUGGUGUUGUUGCCGAUGUCCUCAAAGAAACCGCUUCGCUCAUUGUUGCCAAGCACGAGAUCGAGGCCCAAGAGCAGCAAGAAUACGUCGAAACCAUCGUCAGCCGCAUUUCCAACCCGUUCCUGGAGGACAGUGUCGAGCGUGUUGGCCGUGCUCCUCUGCGCAAGCUGUCUCGCAAGGAGCGCUUCAUCGGCCCUGCUGCCCAACUGGCCGAGCGAGGCAUGAAGUAUGAAGCCCUGCUGGGCUCGGUUGAGAUGGCUCUCCGCUUCCAGAACGUCCAGGAUGACGAGGAGAGUGUCGGUCUCGCCAAGAUUCUCAAGGAGAACUCUCCGGCAGACGCUACCGUUCAAUUGACCGGCCUGGAGCGGUCACACCCAUUGUUCGCGGCUGUUGUGAAGGUGGUGGAUCAAGUGCAGUCCGAGGCCAAGGAAACGGGCCAGCCGCGCAUUUAA